UUGUACAGCAACCUGAUAUAAACACCGACGCAAACAAGAAAUGAAUCUCUUUACCAGAGGAAAUGUUUUGCAGAUUUGACAACUAGGGGUAAAUCACACACUUGCUAUAGGAUAUCUUCGUCCCUCAAGUUUCGGCUGCAUACAUUCCUACCUGCAGUCCUUGUAAACGAAGGCCCGCAAAACGUGAAUUACAACAUCACGUUAUUUCUGCUGAAUGGGUUUGCGGAACGAGAAGUGGUUCUAGCUUCCAACGUCCUCGACCUCCGUGGACUGACAACAAGUCCUCUGUACCUCGCUCGUCCAGUAGAUUUUGAUGUUCUUCUGAUGUUUUUCUGCAGUAUAUAUAGACCCUGAACUUUGGACCGUUCGUCCUGAUUUCAACGAUUGCGUAGGAAGAUAAGGGAACGGAUUCGACUGUUUUAGCAACACGUCUAGAAACCAGACGUAUGUAAUAACCGUUAUGGGCAUUUUGGAGAAUUUACGCCUGGUUGCCUGCGCGCUCGGCUUGCUGUGGUGCGACCCUGUCCAGAUCACAGCCGACAGCGGGCCGCUGAUCGAGACGUCCUUCGGUAAGGUGCAGGGACUCUACACCGAGAAGGCUCGCGUGUUCUACGGGAUACCCUACGCCUCAGCGCCGACGGGCCCCCUACGAUGGAAGCCUCCACAGGAUCCGGCCUCCUGGGCUCCAAACGUGCUGCAGGUCACGGAGAAGGAGGCGGCAUGUCCGCAGAACUGUACCCUUCCCCCUCACAUGUGUCCUGCUAAGACGGACGAAGACUGCCUGUACAUGAACAUCUUCACGCCUAUGAAUGCGUCUGAACAGUCUAUGCUUCCGGUCAUGAUGUGGAUACAUGGCGGACAGUUCAUCAGGGGGUCAAGCGAGGUCAUCUUAUAUGACGGGCAGUACUACGCCAAUAAGACAGGAGUCGUUGUUGUAACGUUCAACUACAGACUGGGUGCCCUUGGAUUUUUGCUGGCUGGCACCGGGAAGAACGCAUCCACAGGUAACUAUGGAAUCAUGGACCAGCGACUGGCGAUGCAAUGGGUGCAGGAGAACAUCGAUGCGUUUGGUGGCGAUCCAAAACAGGUCACCCUAUUUGGUCAAAGUGCUGGCGGUAUGUCCAUCAGUGUCCAUCUCUGUAAUAAACAAUCAGCCGACCUAUUCAAGCAAGGCAUCAUCGAGAGCGAUCCUCUGGGAAUCCCAUACAGAACACAGGAUGAGGCCACCAGACUUGGAAAUUACUUCGCAGAAGAGCUAGGCUGUCACCAUGGCGACAUCACGUGCAUGGCGGGAAAACAGCCACAAGAUAUCAUCGUUGCUCAGACUAAGGCAGGGAACAAACUGCAAGUGAGUCUGAAGUAUCCCAUCGAGAUUUUCGUGCCGUGGGGUCCACAUGUGGACGGCAUGGAGCUGCUAGAACAAACCGUGGACACUUUUCGAAAGGGAAAUGCGCAGAAGAAGCCAAUCAUCAUCGGCACCACCAGUGAAGAAGCGGUCAUGUACGUGUAUGAGGGGUUCGGCAAGCCGGUGUCAGCUCUGGGGUACUACGAAUACUUGACUGGGUUUUUGCUGCCUUCGCUAGCGAUAGAACCGUGGAAAGUCUUAGAAGUUCUUCGCGAAUACCCGGCAGAUAAGAGCAGCGACGACCAAAGGCCAAUCAUGGCGACGCUCGGGACUGAGUGGUUGUUCACAUGCGCGAACCGAGCGGCCGUGAGGGGUCACGUGGGUGCGCAGAACGACGUGUUCUUGUACCAGUUUGCGCACGCGUUCUCCUUCCCAGGGUGGGGCCCCCACUUCCAGUUUUGUGUCAAUCACAGCUGUCACGGGGCGGAGCUUCCCUUCUCCUGGCACGGUAACUCCAUGGACCUCUACACGUACACGGCGGAAGAAGUGACCCUAGCUGACCUCAUGGCCUGCUAUUGGUCCAACUUUGCCCACACAGGUAACCCCAACAACGGCCCAUGCCAAGAGAAGUCCGCCCCAGAAUGGCCUGCGUACAAUGACGACGCGCGGAAAUAUAUCAACUUCCAGACGCCGGCCAGCAUGGCCAUGCAGGACCUGGAUGGUCCUAGCUGCGAUUUUUGGGAUUCAAUUAAUGACUACUAAAAGCUUUUGAGAGCAAUAUUGACGGAAACCUAGUUAUGAAAUCCCUUUGCCGUGAGGCUCAUCAUUUCAAUACGAGUAUUGUGCUCUUAACUUACAGGGCAUAUUAAAAGAUGCAUCAGCA